ACAGCUGUGGUUUCAGACUGCUGACUUGCAGUAUGUAAGCAACGACACCACCAAGGUUCCCCCACGAAGCUCACCGAGAGAUAAUCAAGUGACCCAACAGAAAGUAUGUGAAUGAAGCACCACCCAUUCUGCACUUCGGAAGACAUCACUUCAUCAUGGGACAGCAAAUUUCGGAUCAAACGCAGCUGGUUAUUAACAAGUUACCAGAAAAAGUAGCAAAACAUGUCACAUUGGUUCGAGAAAGUGGCACUUUAACUUAUGAAGAAUUUCUCGGGAGAGUAGCUGAACUUAAUGAUGUAACUGCUAAAGUGGCUACAGGCCAGGAAAAACAUCUUCUCUUUGAAGUGCAACCUGGGUCUGAUUCCUCUGCCUUGUGGAAAGUGAUUGUAAGAGUGGUGUGUACCAAGAUUAACAAAAGCAGUGGAAUUGUGGAAGCAUCACGAAUCAUGAACCUGUACCAGUUUAUGCAGCUUUACAAAGACAUCACAAUUCAAGCAGCAGGUGUCCUGGCACAGAGCUCCACCUUGGAAAACCCUGGCGAAAACUCAUCAUCUCAAGCGUCUUGUCAGGCUAGUCUUUGGAUGGGAAGGGUGAAGCAGCUGACUGACGAGGAAGAGUGCUGUAUCUGCAUGGAUGGCCGAUCAGACCUCAUCCUGCCCUGCACUCACAGCUUCUGUCAGAAGUGCAUUGAUAAGUGGAGUGAUCGGCACAGGAAUUGUCCUAUCUGUCGCCUACAGAUGACUGGUGCAAAUGAAUCUUGGGUGGUGUCAGAUGCACCCACUGAAGAUGAUAUGGCUAACUAUAUUCUUAACAUGGCUGACGACGCAGGCCAGCCCCAUCAGCCGUGACCUUUGGAUGAAGGUCUCCUGUUGGGACUGUGGGCUGUGAGCGCUUUGACCAAGUGAGAAGAAUUCAGGGCUGUUGUGGCACGGACACAGAAAAACUAUUUUCCCUUAUUUUUGGUAUUCUGAUGUCCCAUUUCUUUUGAUAAAACUUUCCAUGUCUUCCAUUAGUGGUAAACUGAAUUUUGCUACUGUUUGAGACUAUAUUUUACUAUUUCUUAAUGUGUUCUAAUAUGUAUUAGAACUACCAUAUAUACUCGAAUAUAAGCCGGCCCAAAUAUCCGCCGAGGCACCUAAUUUUACCACAAAGGCUGCAUUAAAAAUGUGCUGAGAAACUCAGCUUAUACUCGAGUAGAUACGGUUAAUUGCUUCAUGAAUCCUUUGCCAAGGUUACAUCAACAUUUCCAGAAGAUUCCGAUACACUACUUAAUUUUUCAGGGCAGGAGUGUUCUGGAAUAUUUUUAGUUAGGUUUGAAAUAGACAUUGAAAUAUUUAAAAAGAGGUAACCAUCUGAAAAAUGUUUUAAUAUUUUUUUAUUGACUGAAAAUGUAGAACACAUCCAAGUGCAUGUUACUACUUAACUCUGGUCUUUGUGCUGGAAUCUACGGUGUAUGUACACCCCCUUGUGUCUAAGUAUUGCUCCUGUAAUAUUUUUACUUGAAAUAAUCCACAAUUAUUUCAUAACGUUAGCCAUGUGUUUUGAACUACAUAUUUUAAAACUAAAAGUAUUUGGGUUUA